AUGUCCUCGGUGUUCGGGAAACCCCGCGCGGGCAACGGGCCACACAGUGCACCCCCCGAGGUCAACCUGGCCAUCCUGGGGCGCCGCGGGGCCGGCAAAUCCGCCCUGACUGUGAAGUUUCUGACCAAGAGGUUUAUCAGUGAAUAUGACCCCAAUUUAGAGGACACCUACAGCUCUGAGGAGACCGUGGACCACCAGCCUGUCCUCCUGAGAGUCAUGGACACAGCAGAUCCGGACACACCCAGGAACUGUGAACGCUACCUGCAGUGGGCCCAUGCCUUCCUGGUGGUGUACAGCGUCGACAGCCGCCAGAGCUUCGAGGGUGGCAGCAGAUACCUGGAGCUGCUUGCGCUACAUGCCAGGGAGACCCAGCGUGGCUUCCCAGCAGUACUGCUGGGCAACAAGCUGGACAUGGCCCAGCACAGACAGGUGACCAAGGCCGAGGGUACGGCUCUGGCAGGCAGGUUCGGGUGCCUGUUUUUCGAGGUCUCUGCCUGCCUGGACUUCGAGCACGUGCAGCAUGUCUUCCACGAGGCGGUCCGGGAGGCCCGGCGCGAGCUGGAGAAGAGCCCCCUGGCUCGGCCCCUCUUCAUCUCGGAGGAGAGGACCCUGCCACAGCAGGCCCCGCUCACUGCCCGGCACGGGCUGGCCAGCUGCACCUUCAACACGCUCUCCACCAUCAACCUGAAGGAGAUGCCCACCGUGGCCCAGGCCAAGCUGGUCACCGUGAAGUCAUCCCGGGCCCAGAGCAAGCGCAAGGCCCCUGCCCUCACCCUACUGAAGGGCUUCAAGAUCUUCUGAGGCCACUCUCUCUGUCCCUGACUUGGUGGCUGGGCAGGGCUGUGGGACGAGGACUGGCUUCUCACCACCAGCAUUUCCCGCUGGUGGACAGCUGACCCUUCCUGCAGGGCCAAGCUACGUCCCUGACAGUCAUUGUGUGAGCUGGAGGGACAGGCAGGAAUGCUGCUCCUGUUGACUCCAGAUCCUUGUCUCCAGGGAACCUUACAGGAAAGCAGCCUCCGUGACAGCCCAGAAACGUCCCUGUAAAGCCUGCUGACAUCACUCUCUGCUGCAGAAACAGCCGGCUGAGCUCUACAGAAGGUCCCUGUAGGUGUGUAAACGGAGCAGCCUGCGGGAGACAGCUGGGUUGCUAACGCCACCCGGUGGGCAGGAAGGGCAUGGCAGGGACUGUUUGGGCAGCUGGCACAGGGCAUUCCCAUUGUCUUCUGAUCUCACAGAAGCCUAGGCAAGGCCUGCGACUAACGACCCACCGUUUUCCCAAGAGGAAUCUAGUCAGAGCGAUCUUAUGGGGCAGGCUAGCAUAAAUCCCAAGAAGGGGUAUUUCCAGCACGUUUUGUCUCCUCAGCAAGAGUCGAAAGGCAGGUUAUGGGUUAUCUACUAUACGGGGACCCCCAGGUUUCCUGCGCUAGCUGGCAGGGGGCCCAUAUUCCACCAUUAGGGACUCUGUUCACAGAACCUCAAGAUCUGUCUUCUCAAGUGUAAUGAUCAAAACUGCAGAAUGGAGUCUUCUGUCCAGUGACCAUCACCUAGAACUCCAGGACACCCAGUGAAGCACCCACAGGUACUUGUAGCGCGUCCCUGGUUCAUCGGGAGAAACACAGUGUAUAAACUACACCUGUGCCGUGUGAUCUGGGAGAAAGAGGCGGCGUUCUACUCCUGUAAAGAAUCACAGUCUUGCAAACCCACUGGGCACCUCUCC